CAGCGGAGCGGCUCGGCCGGCGCCCAGUCUCCAGCCCUCCGGUCGCCGACCUUCUGUGCCAGCGCCGCGCCCUCCCGGCCCUCCGACCCUCGAGCGAGUGCUCCACCCCAGCCCGCGGCCGCACGCUCUCCGCCGUCCGCGAUCCCCCGGAGCCACGCGUCCCGCGGCGAGGCCCUGCGCCCGCGGGCGUCCAGCCGCGUCCUUUCCAGCCCCUCGCCGAGCCACCCAGCGGCCGCGAGGAGAAGAGGUCGGGACCGCGCGGGGAAGAUGUACCAGAGCCUGGCGCUGGCCUCGAGCCCUGGCCAGGCCGCCUACGCCGACUCGGGCGCCUUCCUGCACGCCCCGGGCGCCGGCCCUGCGAUGUUCGUGCCGCCGUCACGCGUGCCCUCCAUGCUUCCCUACCUGCCCGCGUGCGAGCCAGGCCCGCAGCCCCCCGCGCUCGCCGCGCACCCCGGCUGGGCGCCGCCGGCCGCCGCUGACUCCACCACUUUCGGCCCUGGGAGCCCGCACCCGCCGGCCGCGCCGCCGCCCGGGACCUCCGCCUUUCCCUUCGCUCACAGCCCUCCCGGGCCUGCGGGACCCGGUAGCGGCAGCGCUGGGGCCCGGGACGGCGGCGCCUACCAGAGCGCGCUGCUGACGCGUGAGCAGUUUUCGGGCGCACUCGGGCGGCCCGUGGGAGCCUCGUACCCCAGCACCUACCCCGCCUACGUGAGCCCAGAGGUGGCCCCUUCUUGGAGCGCAGGCCCCUUCGAGGGCAGCGUCCUGCAUGGCCUGCAGGGCCGCCCUGCCGGACUUGGAGGCUGCAGGGCGGCUUUCGUAUCCGACUUCUUCGAGGAGUUCCCGGGCGAGGGCCGUGAGUGCGUCAACUGUGGCGCCCUGUCCACGCCGCUCUGGCGCCGCGACGGGACCGGCCACUACCUGUGCAACGCCUGUGGCCUCUAUCACAAGAUGAAUGGUGUCAACCGUCCCCUGGUGCGGCCCCAGAAGCGCCUGUCCUCGUCCCGCCGUGCCGGGCUCUGCUGCACCAACUGCCACACCACCCACACCACGCUGUGGCGGCGGAACACAGAGGGCGAGCCUGUGUGCAACGCCUGUGGCCUCUACAUGAAGCUGCAUGGGGUGCCGAGGCCACUGGCAAUGAAGAAGGAAAGUAUCCAGACUAGGAAGCGGAAGCCAAAGAAUGUGGCCAAGCCCAAGGGCUCCUCAGGAUCCACAGCACAGGCCACAGCUUCCCCGCCCAUUGUCCCCAGCACCGAGAGCUCAGCAGCCACCUUGAAGUCGGAGCCCAGCCUGGCAUCCCCCAUGUGCGCCAGGCCCAGUGUCGCCUCUCAGGCCUUGGGGCCCUCCUGUCCACAGACACCGGCCCCCUGGACUGAGUCAGGCAGUCACAGUGUCAUCAGCGGUGGUGGGAAGGUUCUCCCAGGAGAGAGGAGCCAGCAGAGGACUCAGCCCCGCCCGAUGUCAAGGGACACCCUGCAGCCAAGGCCAGCUUGAAUUCCCUCGUCAGCACUCGCGCAGCAGCUGUGCAGGCUGUAGCAGCGGGGGAAGGCUCCCCACCUGAUCCUGUGAAACCCGCAUUCCAAGCCAGCAUGGUGCUCAAGAGGCUGAGGCAGGAGGAUCUCCGUGAGUUCAAGGUCACCCCCGGCUGCACAAGGAGUUCAAAGC